CUUUACCGUAUGCAUUUCUGCCUCAUUAUGCAAAUGAGGAGGGCUGCCUUCUUGCUCCAGCUCCUCUGCUAUUGGUCAACAAACAAGAAGGAGCAGGAUCCAUGUGCAGAUCGAUUGUGCAUGCCUGGGUCUUUGACUUCUGUUUUAACAACCAACGUAUUGUUAUGGAGGGAGCGGAAAGACGGUCUGUGUCGGACUUGUUAAGGGAAGCUGCAAAUAGAUUGGAUGAGUUGGAACGCGCAUCUGCCGGUUCAACUCCACAAGCACAAGGCCCCACCAUAACGCCAAGGAUCAACACAAUGUCAACAACACCUGGAAUGUCAAAUGUUGCAGGACGACAUCCUGUUGAUGUUGAGGUGUCAAGACUGUUUACAAGCAGAUCAAGUAGAAGGCAUCAAAGACGCAGCAAUGCAACUGUCAGCCUCGCCACAUAUACACACAUUUUUUGUUGCCUUGGGCGAAAAGAUUCAACAGUUGUUCCGAGGCGACCAGAGAAGGAAUGUCUCCAAAGGGCAGGACUAGGUGAGCGGCGCAUAUGUUUCCGAGGUGACUUUCACAGCUGUGAGGAAUUAACAGAUUGUCUUUAUCAAAACUUUCCAAAGUUGAGGACUGCAGGUGGCUAUGAGUUGCUCAAAAGCUCUGGUAACACAAGGAGCUGCCAGCUCUCUGUUAUACAGUGCCCAAAUGAAGGGUACAGUGUGCAAUAUCUGAAGGAACCAAGCACUAUGAUUCACCACUCUAUAAUUUACAUCCGCCCUCUACAGUGCCAUCUCAGCUUGGAGCCGGAAGAAACUGAGGGACCUUCUAACACAUAUUUUGGACCACUGAUGCCAUGUCUUCUUUGUGGGGAGGAAUUUCCGUUUUCACAGAUAAGGCAACACAAUCAGUCUUGUUCAAGACGAUCACAGGAUGACAGGGAAAGACAGACUGAAAGUGAGAAUGGAGAGGAAUCUGUCCCUUCCACCAGUGGGGCAAGUCGCAGCUCUUCACGGCAACAAGUUGCAGAUAUAGUGGUGACACUGGAGACAGGUUCAGAUCAGGCUGGUCCUUCAACUGCUCUAAGCACACAGCAGCCUAAUCCUCCAGAUAUUCAGAGGGACCUCGGAAAUGCUUGGAUUACAGAAGUAGUUCCAGCCAAAGCGUCUGAGCUGUACAUUGAGUCAGUACAUGAAGCAAACAAGGAUAAAGAGAGUCUUUCAUUUACCCUGAGUUUAAGAGAUACCCUGAAGGAAAGGAACCGUGCCAUUCUGAGAUUCUACAAAAGGCCACGGGUGCAGUGGACUAACCCACUGCGAUGUCAUCUCAUAGGUGAUGCUGCCAUUGGAGAGGGUGUUAAUAGACAUGUACUUUCAAUAGUCAUGUCAAACCUUCAGAAUGGAUUCUUGCUUGAUGACGAAACUGAACUGAAGACAUUGCUGUUUGAGGGUGAGCAGGACCAUCUCACUCCCUCUACAUCGAGGCUGCUCCUAGAAAGCGACUUUUUCGUGGUGGCGGGUCGAAUUAUCGGCCACAGCUUUCUGAAUGGUGGUCCUUGUCUGGUUGGUCUCAGCCAAGGAAUCAUCCAUGUGCUGUUUGGAGGGGAACCAGAAACAGCCACUGUAACUGAGUCAGAUUGUGCUGACCAAGAUGUCCGUGAGGUCAUAAGAAUGUUACAGGGAACAAAGGAUUUGUCAGAGGAGGAGAAAUCCGUGGUUCUCUCUUUGAUGUUGCCAUGGGAUCUUCCUGGAGUUACAGUCAAUAACAGACAUUGGCUCCAAGAAAAAAUACUCCUCCAUGCUGUUUUGGAAAGAACAGCACAACAGGUGAAACAAAUCCGAAGAGGGCUGAAAGACACAGGUGUGUGGGAAUUUUUCAGUUCCAGGCCUGAUGCUGUGCCAGUACUUUUUCCAAGGGCCAGUGAGGCAGAGAUAACCCCACAGAUGGUAAUCGAUAACAUAAACUGGCCUAAAGAUGAAGAUAUAGAUGAAGACAUACUCUCGUUGGAUGAUCACUGUCUGAUCAUCCAACGAGAGUAUGUCUCGUUGGAUGAUCACUGUCUGAUCAUGAGCUUCCUCCGAAGAUUCAUAGAAAAUGGAACAUCAGACAUCCUCAAGAGUUUACUAACAUUCUGGACUGGCUGGGGUGUGGUAUGCUCCAAUCUCGAGGUCGAAGUUAUUGACUGCAGUCUCCCACAGUCAUCCACUUGCUUCCUGACUUUGAAGCUAUCCAAAAACCACAAAAACUAUGAAGACUUCCACCAAGACCUUAUGGCAAGCAUUUCUUCGGCCUAUUCUGGUUUUGGUCAGAUUUAAGCAGGGCCAUUUAAACAACGAAUGUUGUUGGUUAUUGGUAUUAUUACUUUUAAAUUGUUCUUAUGGUUCAGUCUCUUGAUAGAUAUGGAUAUUCUGGAAUAAUCCACUUGUUAAUUAUGUAUUAGAAUUUGACAGUACUCAGCGUUGUUGUUGUUCUGAUCAACUAUAAAAACAGUUCCAUAUUAUUGUAGGACGUUUUCUGAAAACAUUUGCUUAAAAAAAGAGACUAGACCAACAAAGUCAUGAAUAGACAUAGCUUAAUUACAAACGGUUAAAUCUGAUAUUAUCAACGAAUUCUUAAUGAAAGCUGAAAUGGUUUCAUAACAGUGAUUUUAUUACAUAUAUACAUAUCUGUGCAAAACAGGUCAAUGUUCACGUUUGGAUACAAGAUGCCUGACCUGAUAUAUUGUAUCUUCACAGCAAAUAUUGAAUAAAAAAAAAACAAUUUGAACAGAAA